AGCAAGACAACGUCGCGCACGCUCUCCGCCGGAAAACGGAAAAUCAAAGGCCAGAUUCGUCGCCUGCCGCUGUUUUUAAAUUUUCCUCCAGGUGUGACUGGAACACUGUUUUGCUUUUCGAAGGAACGUCGGGGACCGCGGAAAAUAGGCGCUCGUAUGAAACGAAACAAAAAUAUGCGCCGAAGGUGAUAGUGGAUUGCCGAUUAUCUGAUACUGGCAGUGUGUGAAGGCAACGGAUGCGGUGUUUAGUGCACUUUAAUGAAUGGGAAGAGCGAAUCAAAAUACCAGGAGGUGUAUUUGUGAAAACCCGGGGGAAUAUACGAAAUUCCAAGGAAUACAAGUGCGGGCGUUUUCCCGAGCUAGUGCCCAGUGUAUCAGUGUGUGUGUGUGUGCGCGAGAUCUACGGCAAAUAAAUAAAUAAAAUAGUGUACACAGGCUCACAAAUAUAUAUAUAUAUACACACACACAUGCGGAGCAUGUUGUGAAGUUGCGGCGCAAAAAGAAAGCACGCGAAUAAAACACAAGAAAAUUUUAAUUACGCCUGCGUCUGGGAAAGUGCGUCGUUGUGUUUUGAAAUCGAUACCAAAAUAAAGUGAAAAAAGUGACGAGGACGGGGAACAACAAAAACAACAAUGGUUAACAACAAUCACGAUGCAAAGAGAUCGCCGACGACAAAAUGCAUCAUUGAGAUCACGUGAAAUGAUCAUCGAGUGCUGCCGCGCCAAGGUGUGAAAGUAAAAAUCAUGUGAAAAAUGUGAGAAAAAGUGAGGAAUGCUAUGUGACAACAGGCACAGCCACAACCACAACCACAACCACAAAUACUUGCCAACAAAAGAUCAAGAGAGCAACAGCAGCGACAGCUACAACGAGGAAAUCAAGAAAAAUGAUAACCUAAAUAAAUCAAAUUGCUAGUCAAAAAGAAAAACCGAACCAAACCAGAGAAAAAGAGAGAGAGAGAGGUAAUAAAGUUGUGUAUAAGUGAUACAAGUGCAUUUCGUGAGCUUCUCUCUCCCCCAAAUAUUUUUCCAACUCUCUUCAAUUCGUUUUGCCCCGAAAAUUGAGUACUUCAAAUUGGAAAAUCUAAAAAGAAAGUGCAAUUGUAGCAGGGGAGAAAAAUAAUAAUACCGAAACGUGUAAAUAACUAUAAAGAAAAGCGAGAUAUUGAGCUAUAAGGUAAAUGAUGUCAAUUAUUAAUCCCUAAUCAAGUCUUAUAUGAUCUUAACUUCUUUAUUGAAAUCUUUGGUGAAAAACAAUCUCAUAAAAAAGGUUUACAACUAAAAAAAAAGUGGCAAAAGUGGCACUGAGAACAGGCGGAAAAAGCUUGAAUAAAUCAUUCCAAACGACUAUAAAAAAAAAUAAAUUAAAGUUUUCCCGCAAACAGCUUGCAAAAAAAGCGGGUCCGACGAUGAUUACUUGAGGUGUUGUUUUUUUUUAAUGCAAAAAAAUGACCUAAUUAAAGUAAAAGGAGAAACACACCGGAAUAUGUUCAAUAUGAAACGGCAAACGAUGAUGAAAACUAAGUUGAAGCGUGAAAAUGCAACAAUGAUGAAGGCAGAGACAACAACAAUGGCUGGUGAUGUAUUCCCAACAGCAACAACAACAAUGGCUGGCAGCAACAUUUGCGUGUUGUGCCGGCAAGAUAUGUUGCUAGAUACAUGUUGCUGCCGGCAAGCAGUUGAUAUUAACAGUGAACGUUGGACCAUUUUUCCGCACACAACAACCUCCAAAUUGGAAUCAACAACCGGCAAAACGAGUCAAAUACGAAGUAACGGCCAUCGCUUGAGCGAUGACGCCGAUGAAGACGCUGCGAAAAACAAUCGUCGACAUCGCGACUAUUUUAAAAUCUACAACAAUUGUCACAAUAUAUUGCGGACGCUGCAAUCGCUGUUGUUGUUGAUGUUAGAUUGUGGCAUUUUCAACAAGCGACGUCGACGACAAGAGCACUCAGUGCCGCCGACAAAUCUACAAGAUAAAUAUCUAUAUUAUACAAAAUUCCUAUUGCUGUUUCACACCGCACUGGCAGCAGCAGCAGAAACAACAACAAGACUGAGUUUAAGCCGUAACAAUUACAACAAACAACAACAACAUAAUCAGCAGAAACCACAUCAAACGGAAAAGCAACACAACAAUUACCAUCCCCGGAAUCGAAGUCUGAUUUGGAUAUUAUUAAGUCUCAGUUUACUGGCCAAUCAUGCGACAGCAACAGUAAUUGCGGGGCAAUCAAUGCAGCAGCAGCAGCAGCAGCAACGAAGGUUGCUACCCCAACAACAUCACCAGCAGCACCACAACAGCGACGAUUUAUCCGAUAAGUUGGAAAUGUUUGUGGAAUCCACGCGAAUGCGAAGAGACGUUAGCCAAACAAACGAUAUAGUUCGAUUGUCACGCAAUGAAACAACUUGCAAAUCGAUGGAUAUACGAAACUUUGCAGCGAACUUCUAUCUACUGGAAAACUGCACCACCAUCGAGGGCUUCCUGCUCAUCACUUUGAUGUCGAACGUGACCAUUAACCUAAAUCAUUCGUUUCCCCUGCUGAAAGAGGUCACCGACUUCAUUGUCGUCUUUCGCGUGAACGGUCUGCAUUCGCUGUCGCAAAUAUUUCCCAACUUGAAUGUCAUUCGGGGCAACAAUCUGUUCGACGGUUACUCCUUCAUUGUGUACUCGAAUCCCGAUUUGGUGAACUUGGGACUCCCCAAUCUGCGAUCUAUUUCGCACGGCGGUGUGCGAAUCGAGAAGAAUCGGGUUCUGUGCUACGUGGAGACGAUAGACUGGCUGCAUCUCAUGGCCGAGAAUGCCACCCAGUCGGAGGUGGUGCUGCAGAUGAACGCCAAGGAAAAGGAUUGCCCCAAGUGUGCGGAGGAGAUCAAAGUCAGCGGUGAAGGCCAGGAUACCACGGCGCUUAGCGUGCCAGUACAUAGCCUGGGCUGUCCGGAGCAGGAGAAUCACAAACGCUACUGCUGGGACUCCAAGCAUUGCCAAACAAUGUGUCCCAAGGAGUGUCGGAACAACUGCAUCGACAAGGAUACAUGCUGCAACAAGGCCUGCUUGGGCUGCACCCUCGACAGCAAUGGAACCGAAAGAUGCAUAAGCUGUCGCUUUUUGUCGAUCAACAACACCAACUGCGUGGACACCUGUCCGCCGGGCUUGUUUCAGUACGACAAGCGCUGCAUUACGGCGGAGGAGUGCAUCCAGAUUGGCACUCGGUUCGACAGCGGGGACAAGCCUCUGGCCCCCUUUGCCGGCCAGUGCACCACGCGCUGCCCGAAGGGCUACUCGAUAGAGAAUCACAGGUGCAUCAAGUGCAAGGACGGCAAGUGUGAAAGGGUGUGCCAAGCGGGCAUUAUCGAGAGUUUGGACAGGGCCAAGGUAUACGAGGGUUGCACCGUGAUCGGAGGAAACUCCACGGAGCCCUUGGUUAUAAGCAUAAAGCGUGAGGGCGAUGCUCACGUGAUGGACACUCUGGAGCUUUAUCUGGGUCAGAUUCGUACCAUAAAAACCUCUCUGAAGGUGCACCUAACCUUCGGACUGACCUCUCUGCGGUUUUUUAAAUCUUUAACGGAAAUUGUGGGCGACCCACCAAUGGACAAAAAUCAAUAUGCUCUGUAUGUGCUGGAGAAUAACGAUCUGGAGGAGAUAUGGGGACCCAACCAGACGGUGUACAUCAGGAAUGGCGGCGUCUUCUUUCACUUCAAUCAAAAGCUGUGCGUGUCUACGAUCAACAAGCUGCUGCCCAUGCUGGCCUCCAAGCCGCAGUCCUUUAACAAUAGCGAGGUGGCCACCGACUCCAACGGAAGCCGUGGAUCAUGUGGCACCUUGCCUCUAAACGUUUCGGUAUCACAUGUGAGCGCCAUAAUGGCCAUCUUAAAGGUGGACACCUCGAUGGUGUCGGAGGGCGAACCGACUGGGCCAAGCAAUGCCACGAUUAUUUUCAAGGAUCCUCGCGCCUUUAUCGGCUACGAGUUCUUUUACAUGAUUGAUCCUCAUGGUAAUGCCACCAAGAGCAACGAACAGCUCUGCGACAAUCCCUGGACAUUUGUGCCGGCGGACACGAAGGGAGUUACCACAUUUAUGAACCUGCAACCGUACACAAAGUAUGCUUACUAUGUGCGCACCAAGGCCAUUUUCUCGGAACUGACAAAUGCCCAGAGUGAGGUGCAGCAUUUUGUGACAAAGCCCGCACAGCCAUCUCAGGUGUCCAAAGUUAAGCUCACCUCCAUCUCGGACUCGAAAAUUUAUGUGACGUGGGAAUAUCCCAUUAGGCCACACGGAAAGCUAACGCACUUUGUACUCAUUGCGGAGCGGGAAGAGCAGCAUACCAAUAAUCCCAAGGAUAUGCCGUCGGAACGACAAUACUGCGAGAAUCCUAUUACAAAGCCAAGUGACAUUGACACUGAGAUCGAAGCACCGAAGCCAGAUUUGAAGCCGGAUCCAUUGCCCGGUGACUGCAAAUGUGAUGCCACAGGUGCCCCGAAAAACAGCCAGGAGAUGUACAGCGAUCGUAGGAUUCAGUCCCACAUAGAGUUUGAGAAUACCCUGCAGAAUUUUAUCUAUGUUCCGAAAAAGGACUUUCACGGCGUCGACAAAAACAAGUCGGGAUCAGCGGCCAAGGGAGCUCCUCGAGUUAUUAGGCCAGCAAGCGGUGCUGCCUUUGAUUCCAAUGCCAUCGGGAAUCAGCCCACUCGCCAUCGCCGGCAAGCCGACGACUUGGAGCCCGACUUGGAUGAACGAUUCGGCAGUGUAUUGCUGCGUCAUGUGCGCUCCACCGCCCCAGACGCCAAGGACAAGGCCUUGAACCUAGCCAAAACGGCGAAUGUCACCAACGGCCCGGAAACGAUAGUAAACCUAACGGAUAACUUUGUGGUAGUGCCGAUCAAUCAGACGAACUUCACUUUUGAGAAUUUACACCACUUUACGCGGUACACCAUCUUCAUAAGUGUGUGCAGAGAGGUUAUUGAAAAUGACAUGGAGCAGGCCUGCAGCAAUAACUCUACAAACUAUAAAGUAACCAAGAAAAGGGAGGACGUUGACAAGGCCCGAAAUUUGACCUUAACCUUGGAAAUUGGAAAUAAUACGAGAGCCGCUGUGCGAGCCUUCUGGCUGCCACCGCUCGAUCCCAACGGUGAAAUUCUCACCUACACGCUGGAAUAUCAAUUGGAUAAAUCGGACACGGUGGAGACCAAGUGCAUCCCAGUGGCCAAUUAUAGUGCCACCGAGGGCUACCUCCUCAAGGGUGUCAGCGAUGGCCUAUACCGUAUGCGCGUGCGGGCCAAUUCCAUGGCAGGAUUUGGCGUCUACACGGAACCUGAAACCAUUAUCGUGACGCCUAUGAAGAGCUACUACAUUACCAUGGCCGUUAUAUUGUGCAUUGUCAUUGUCCUGGCGUUUGCCUUCCUGCUUGGCUACAUCCGGUACCUGCAAAAGAAACGGCGACCCAAUGAUCUGCACAUGAACACGGAGGUGAAUCCGUUCUAUGCCAGCAUGCAGUACAUACCCGACGACUGGGAGGUGCUCAGGGAGAACAUCAUCCAGCUGGCGCCCCUCGGACAGGGAUCCUUCGGCAUGGUGUACGAGGGCAUCAUCAAGUCCUUCAGCAACGGCAUUGAGGAUCGCGCCUGCGCCAUUAAGACGGUCAACGAGAAUGCCACGGAUCGGGAGCGGACCAACUUCCUGAGCGAGGCCAGCGUGAUGAAGGAGUUCGACACGCACCAUGUGGUCCGGCUGCUGGGCGUUUGCUCGCGCGGCCAGCCCGCCCUGGUGGUCAUGGAGCUGAUGAAGAAGGGCGACCUCAAGUCCUACCUGCGGGCCCAUCGUCCCGAGGAGCGGGAUGAGGCCAUGAUGGCCUAUCUCACCCGGAUAGGAGUCACGGGCAAUGUGCAGCCGCCGACCUACAGCCGGAUCUACCAGAUGGCCAUUGAGAUUGCGGAUGGUAUGGCCUAUCUGGCGGCCAAAAAGUUCGUUCAUCGCGAUCUUGCCGCCCGCAACUGCAUGGUGGCCGAAGACCUGACCGUGAAGAUCGGUGACUUUGGCAUGACGCGGGAUGUCUACGAGACGGAUUACUACCGCAAGGGGACCAAGGGUCUGUUACCCGUUCGCUGGAUGUCGCCGGAGAGCCUGCGAGACGGUGUCUACUCCAGUGCCAGUGAUGUGUUCAGCUUCGGUGUGGUGCUCUGGGAGAUGGCCACACUGGCGGCUCAGCCAUAUCAAGGGUUCUCCAACGAGCAGGUCCUUCGCUUCGUCAUCGAGGGCGGCGUGAUGGAGAGGCCGGAGAACUGCCCGGACCUGCUCCACCGGCUGAUGCAACGCUGCUGGCAUCACCGGCCCAAUGCCAGGCCCAGUUUCCUGGAUAUAAUUGCCUAUCUGGAGACGCAGUGCCCCGACUCGGAGUUCAAGAGGUUCUCCUUCUACUACUCGGAGAGCGGGCAGACGCAUCGCGAGAAGGAGCGCAAGGAGCGCAGUCAGCUGGACGCCUUUGCGGCGGUGCCACUGGACCAGGACCAGCAGGAGGCGGAGCAGAAUGAGGAUGCCACCACGCCCCUGCGGAUGGGCGACUAUCAGACCUACAAGCAGAACUCCGCCUUGGAUCAGCCGGCGGAGAGUCCCAUUGCCCUGGUCGUGGAUGAUCACCAGGGGACGCACUCGCCGUUUAGCAUGCAGUCAGGUUUCAUAGCCAGCAGCACGCCGGAUAACCAAACGGUGAUGGUGUCUGCAUUCCAGAAUCUUCCCGCCUCGCAGAGCGACGAUGCCACGGCGCCUUAUGUCCUGCCGGAUACGGACAACAACGAACGUGGCUACGAGAUUUACGAUCCGAGUCCAAAUUUCGCCGAUUUGCCCACGAGCCGGAGUGGCAGCACGGGCGGCGGCGGGAGACUGAGUGGAGAGCAGCAUUUACUGCCUAGGAAAACUGGAAAGCAGCCGGUCAUCAUGAGCAGCUCCAUGCCAGAUGAUGUGAUUGGAAGUGGCGGACACGGAGGCGGUGGAUCGUCGUCCCUGCAGCCCUCAACCGCCUCGGCGGCCAGCUCCAAUGCCAGCUCCCACACCGGACGCUAUCCCAGCCUCAAGCGAGUGGUGGCGGAUACGCUGCGGAAUCGAGCCAACAUGUUCAAUCGCCACCUGUUCAAUCAUCACAAGCGCACGGGCAGCAAUGCCAGCCACAAGAGCAACGCCUCCAAUGCGCCCAGCACCAGCACGAGCAACUCCAAUCUCACCAGCCAUCCGGUGGCCAUGGGCAACCUGGGGACGAUCGAGAGCGGCGGCAGCGGCUCGGCGGGUAGUUACACGGGGACGCCACGCUUCUACACUCCGACCGCGGUCACACCAAUCGCGAUCAGCGAUAAUCCCAACUACCGUCUGCUGGACGAAUCGAUGGGCAGCGACGGGCAGGCCACCAUUCUGACCACGAGCAGUCCCAAUCCCAACUACGAGAUGAUGCAUCCACCGCCGGGUCGUGGUGGCGUCACCACCGACAAUCCCAAUUAUGUGGCCAUGAAUGAGCCCACGCCGCCGGUCCAGAUGGCCGGAGUGACGAUCAGUCACAAUCCGAAUUAUCAGCCGAUGAUGGCGCCCAUAAAUGCCACACAGAGCAGCUCCUCCGACGAGAACGAGGAGGAGGAGGAGGCCGAUGAGGAGGAGGACGAGGAUGACGAUGUCGAUGACGUGCAUGUGGAGCACAUCAAGAUGGAGCGAAUGCCGCUGAGUCGGCCCAGGCAGAAGUCGGCGCCGCCCAGUCGCAGUCGCAGUGUCAGCCAAACGAGAAAGAAGUCGCCCACAAAUCCAAACUCGGGUGUGGGAGGCACAGCGACCACGGCGGGCAACAUGUCCAAUCUUCUAAAGGAGAGCUGGCUGCGGCCGGCGAGUGGGACGUCGAGACCGCCGCCACCGAAUGGCUUCAUUGGCAGGGAGGCAUAAUAAUAAUAAUACCUACAAUCCUGCUCUUUACUUUGGUAGAGAAAACUGUGUACAUAGAGGAUAAGGAGAAGGAGGAGGAGGAUUGAGUCGUUAGGAUCUUGACUUGGACUUUAAGCCAAGUCUGCAAACUACGGGUGGGUCUAAGGUUAACCUAUGGAUAAUUUUAGAGGCAAAUGCGAGACGACUUUGGAAUUUUUCAAUUUCAAAAAUGUCAAAAUAAUUUAUUAAAUUGCAAACUCCACUAAAAUUAUUCAAAGAUUAUCUACUUAGCCCGCCUCCUAGGAAGAUUCGUCAGAAGAAACCACUGUACAUGUUUAAUACCCCAUAUUUUUUUAAGCCUAUUUAUGUUUACGUAUUUCGUUUAGUAUUUACGCUACAGUUUUUUUUUUGUUGUGUUUGUUUAUAAAUUAAUAAACUGCCGCAAUAGAAAAAUCAGAGACAGAGACAGAGAGAAAGAGAGAAGCAGAAAACGAUAGUUAAAGCAGAAGAAAACAAAACAGAAGAUGAAGUCCUACAUGCAAAUAACAAAAAGUACAAAAGCCAACAACCAACCAACCUAAGUACCGUUUAAAAUAGACAUACAAAUUUCUACCAAUUAUUAAACAUAACUCAUAACUACUACGUACAUAUGUUAAUUACGAUAAUUUUUUAUUAGUACCUACCAAACAACCACACAAACACACACACACACAGCAAGCAAUACAAAAUUACAAAACAACAACUGUCUUCACUGAGUUUUUAGCAAUUGUAACCAUAAUUAUUCAUAAUUAUCCAUAAUUAUCAAUAAUUAUCCAUAAUUAUCCGUAAUUAUCCAUAAUUAUCCAUAAUUAUUUAUAAUUAUCCAUAAUUAUUUAUAAUUAUCCUUUUAUAAACGUACUCAGAUUCAUUUGAUAACUGCAUGGGUCAACUUUUAGCACCAAGUGUUGCUUGAUUAGCACACAGUUUCUCUUAUAAUUUUCUUCUCCCUUUUUGUUUAUGCUUAAUUGUAAUAUUUAUUUGUACAUAAGGCAAAUCAUGUAGGAUAAAAAUGGAAUAGGUUUUGCAGAACACAAAAACCCAUGUUCAAUGUUUUAUCCUUUUUAUUUUCUAAAUUAAUUUUCGUUGAAGCCAAGCUUCGAGAGGAGAUGAACUAUAUAUAUGAAAACAAAAAUUAAAACCAUAAUGUAAUUCGAACUGAGAGCUUAAGUAACUGAUGCAUCAUAAUAACACUGUAUACAAUCUGCUAUCGUUUUUAUAUAUACCAGAUAUAUGAAUGGGAAGCAAAAGCAUUUUAUGUACCAUAACUAUAUACAUGAAAGCAAAACUAAAAACGAAUCGAAACAAAAACUCCAUAGCAAACAACACUAUUCUGCCAUACGCCAUUAUAACUCAAAUACGAACAAGAAACUGGACGGAUUUUCGUUUUUCUUACCACAUAUACACUUGCAGAUAUAUAUAUAUAUAUAUAUAUUUAAUGAAUUAGCAAUAGCAAAAAAACAAUAGACAAAGGAUGCAUAUACCAUAUACCAUGUACCACAUAUAUAUUUACACAUUUACACAUACGUAAUUAGGAACUGAACGUGAUAUGUUUGCUGAGUGUACUAUCCUGAACAGUUCAUCCCGACGAAGUCCCAUUCAAAGUCACCCAACACACAUUCUCUUCGAAAAUCGGAACCCAAAUUUAGCAACAAUACACAGCCACACUUAGUAACAAACAAAUAAACAAACAAACAGACAGAAAACAACUACAGCAAAUGGAAUUUUUAAAACGAAAAACAACAACAACAACAAAAGUAUUCGAUAUUUGCCUUCGCUCUUUAUAUUAUUAAAUAUAUUUAACUAUAAUAGAUCAUAUAUGAUACGUAUGACAAAAGCAUAGAGAAAAGUAACGAAAAGAAAAGCAGAAACGAAGAACCAGAAGCAUGUGCAACAACGUUCAUUUGUUUUUAAUUUAUACACAUAAAUGCAAAGCAGAAACAAGGAAACUAAAUAUUUAAAUGAAUUAUACAAAAUACUUAGAUUGUAAACACGCAUGUAAGAAGGAGAGGAGGAAGGGAUGAGAGAGUGAGGCAGAGAAUAACUUGAAUAAAUUAACAAAAAAAAAAAAAAAAAAA